AUGUCCAACGAGAAAAGGUGCCUACUGGCCCCAGACGAUAAGACCCUCCUCCACAUCUCGGAUUGGCAUGGAGUCACACUUGGAACGGCGUUCACUCCGGCGUCAUCGCAAGUUGAGGCAAUAAUCGACGGCCAGACGCGAUCGAGACUCGGACCGAACCCGCGAGCAGUGGUGCUAGAGGGACUCGUGACGGGGUUUGAGCAGAAGCGCUUCCAAGACUUAAACUGUGCCGUUGCAUGGCUCGUCGUUCCUCCGGAAGCGCCUUCGAGUACGGUGACAUCUAUCUCCUUUUCGAGCGGCGACGAAGAUACGGACGGCGACUGGAAAGAGCGAGCCCGAAGGUUGUGGGCAGAAUCGAAACAAGAAGGUCGAGACGAAGACGCGCAAGAAGCAUGCUUCGAAAAAUUGGUCGCGAUUGGACACGAGCAUGGGAAGUGGGAAGAGGAAUGGGCCGGACUCCAAGCACAGGGCAAUACCGAAAUGAUCGCGCUUUUCUCUGUGAGGCCCGGACCAACGUGCGCGAUGAACGAUCUGAUCCGGUUUUUCAAGGAUAAUUGUCCUGGCUACGUUGAAUCGGGGCCCUCGAAGAUGAUCCGCCGUGACGGGACGCUCGCCCACAUUUUCAUGAAGGCCACUUCAUAUGAAGCGUUGCUAGAAGCCGAAGCAGUCCUCUCAAAUGCCGAUAUCAAAGCUGAAAAGAAUUUUAUCUUUACUAUC